GUCCUGGCCUGUCACUGGGGGUCUGAUUGUGAGGAUCUCUCUAACCAGAGUAGGAAAGCUGGGUGCACAUAGAGAGAGUGAUGUGUCAGAGUCCCUGGUAGCCAACGCCUGGGUUCAAGACAGACACUUCAGUGAUGUGUGAGGAUGAGAUUGACUGGCUCUCUCUGAAACCUACAGAACCUUCUCCUGCUCAGUGCUGUGGCAGUGGCUGCUCACCUUGUGUAUUUGAUAUCUACCAAUCUGACCUAGAACGUUGGGAGAAAGCCAAGGAGCUUGGAGACACAAGCCUGCUAUCCAGGAGAAAAGUUGAGAACAGUGGCUCAGUCCUAAACUCAGAAACAUUCACUGCAUUCAGACUCAUCCUAGUGGAACGAGAAACAGAUGAUACAAAUCGUUACCGAUUUCAUCUCCCAAACGGGAGCAGUUUGGGGCAUAUGUUAGGGCAGCACAUUGUUUUCAGAGGGAUUGUAAAAGGUUUGGAAAUCCAGAGAGCCUACACGCCAAUUAGUCGUCUGGAUACAAGAGGCCACUUUGACGUUUUAAUCAAGAUAUAUGAGCAUGGCCUGAUGUCACAGUUUAUAACGGGUUGGAAAGAAGGAGACUGGAUUGAAUGUCGGGGACCAUUUGGAGGAUUUUCAUACAGACCCAAUCAGUAUGGAGAGCUCGUUAUGCUGUGCUCGGGUACUGGUAUUGCCCCGAUGCUGCCCAUUCUCAGUUCUGUGACAGAUAAUGAAGACGAUGAAACGUUUAUAACGCUGGUCAUUUGCUGUCGUACAUAUGAGAAACUGUAUUUGAAGAGUUUUCUACAGGAGCAAGCGCGAUUCUGGAAUGUUAGAAUAUUUUAUGUGCUCAGCCAGGAGAAGUCUUUAGGAAACUUGCCCAUGAGCUACCAGGAGAACACAAAGAUCGGGAGAAUGGACCCCAACUUCAUGGCAAACAUGCUGGAAACGUGCAGACGAGAGUCCUAUAUACUUAUCUGUGGCUCGUUAACAUUUAAUGAGGAUAUGAGAGAAAUGCUGAAACAGCUGGGAAAGCCGGACAGUUCUUUAUUUAUAUUUUAA